AUGCUGCACAGGUCAAAGUUGCCGGUGCCGGCGGUGGCCACGUCGUCUGCCGUCUCGCUGCUGGCACCGCCGUUGCCCGAGCUCGAGGCGUCGCUCGUGUCGCAGCUCGUCUUCGCCUGGCUCACGCCUCUCGUCAAGCUGGGCGCACAGAGGCCGCUGGAGCUGACUGAUCUCUACAAUAUUGCGCCGAGAGACAACCCCGUCGGGUUGGCCCAACGGCUCAAGCGCGAAUGGAACGCGCGCAAGCAGCACACUGAGUCCUGGUGGGCACUGGCCAGGUCGAUCUGGGCGAUCGUGUGGCUCGAGUACUCAUGGGUGGGUGUGUUGAUGCUGGUGGGCAACUUAUGCGAGCUGGCCCUGCCGGUCAUAUAUUCGUGGAUCAUCCAGUUCGUAGGCGACGAGGGCCUGUUGUACGUGGGCCUCGUGUUCGCCGUCUCUGUGACGCACCUGGUCUUUCAGCAGAUGACCUAUUUUCGCGCCCAGCGGGUGCUCAUGAACGUGUCUUCCAUGCUCUCCACGCUGAUCUACCGCAAGAGCCUGCGCCUCCAGCGCGUUUCCAAAGGCAACGCAGCCAACGUCAUGAACGUGGAUCCGUCCAAGGUGGCCAACCUUGCCUGGUUCGCGCACCGAAUCUGGGCGCAUCCACUGCAGCUGACGCUAGCGGUGUACUUGCUCUACGGGUGGCUGGGGCCAGCGGCGUUCACGUCGCUGGUCAUCACGGUGGGCGUCAUGCCCCUCAAAUAUUUCAUCUAUCGUGGCUUCCUCGCCGCGGAUACCAAAAUCAUGGAGCUCAAGGACGAGCGGGUCAAGAAAAUCACCGAGAUUCUCCACGGCGUGUUGAUUGUGAAGCUGUUCUGUUGGGAGUACCAGGUGAUGAAGCAGAUCAACGAAGUGAGGGCGCACGAAGUCACCCAGCUCAAGAAGUUCUCCUACCUCUACGCCUGCAUGAUGUUCCUCAUGAUGUCGAUGUCCACGUUCAUCUCGGUGGGCACGUUCAGCGUGUACGUAUGCAGUCCGCGCAUUCCGCCACAACACACGACGCACACGAACUAA